GCUUAAAGAAUAUUUGUUUCUUUUUAUUUGAUGACAGCAUUUCUAUUCCUAAUGGGAAAGUAAGUAUUUAUGAGGUGAAAGACUUGUUGGUUCUUGAAUUGAUUGUCAUAUUAGUAAGAUUUUGUUGACAUCAAGAUGAUUACAUUUAUGGAUCCAAAGGACAAAGUGAAGGAAAUAGAAAAGUGUUUAGAUUCUCAACUAUGGCAUGCUUGUGCUGGUAGUAUGGUACAAAUGCCUUCAAUUAGUUCAAAAGUUUUCUACUUUCCUCAAGGACACUCAGAGCAUGCCUCUGGAAAUGUUGAUUUUAGGAGCUCCAUUAGGAUUCCGUCGUAUAUUCCUUGUAAAGUCUCCGCAAUUAAGUAUAUGGCAGAUCCUGAGACUGAUGAGGUUUUUGCCAAAAUUAGGUUGAUUCCUGUUGGUAGGAAUGAGGUUGAAUUUGAUGAUGAUGGGGUUGUUGGGAUGAAUGGUUCGGAUAACCAAGAUAAGCCUAGUUCAUUUGCUAAGACGUUAACGCAAUCAGAUGCGAAUAAUGGUGGAGGUUUCUCUGUCCCAAGGUAUUGUGCAGAGACGAUCUUUCCUCGUCUGGAUUACUCUGCGGAUCCUCCUGUUCAGACCAUCCUUGCUAAGGAUGUUCAUGGGGAGACGUGGAAAUUCAGGCAUAUUUAUAGAGGGACGCCAAGGCGCCAUCUGUUGACGACUGGAUGGAGUACUUUUGUGAACCAUAAAAAGCUCGUCGCGGGUGAUUCCAUUGUGUUCUUGAGGGCUGAAAACGGGGACCUUUGUGUAGGCAUUCGGAGGGCAAAGAGGGGAAUUGGAGGUGGACCUGAGACUUCUUCUGGAUGGAAUCCGGCUGGAGGGAAUUGUAUGGUACCAUACGGAGGGUUUUCCAGUUUUCUUAGGGAAGAUGAGAAUAAAUUAAUGAGAAAUGGGAAUGGGAAUAAUGGUGGGAACUUGAUGAACAAGGGAAAAGUGAAGGCAGAAUCAGUUGUUGAAGCUGCAAAUCUUGCAGCCAGUGGACAGCCAUUUGAGGUGAUCUACUACCCUCGUGCUAGUACUCCGGAGUUCUGCGUGAAGUCAUCGCUUGUAAAGUCAGCAUUGCAGAUCCGUUGGUGCUCGGGGAUGAGGUUCAAGAUGCCUUUUGAAACUGAAGAUUCUUCACGGAUAAGUUGGUUCAUGGGAACUAUAUCUUCAGUUCAGGUCUCCGAUCCCGUUCGAUGGCCAGAUUCACCGUGGAGGCUUCUUCAGGUGACGUGGGACGAACCUGAUCUGCUCCAAAACGUAAAACGUGUCAGCCCAUGGCUUGUGGAAUUAGUCUCAAACAUGCCUACCAUUCAUCUUUCUCCCUUUUCGCCCCCACGAAAGAAACUAAGAUUACCUCAACAUCCAGAUUUUCCUCUCGAUGGCCACCUUCCUAUGCCGGCUUUCUCCGGCAACCACCUUCUAGGGCCUAAUAGCCCCUUUGGUUGUCUUCCCGACAACACCCCUGCUGGCAUGCAGGGAGCCAGGCAUGCUCAAUAUGGUUUAUCAUUAUCAGAUCUCCAUUUCAAUAAGUUGCAUUCUAGUUUGUUUCCGGUUGGUUUUCCACCACUUGAUCAGGCUGCAGCAGCACCUCGUAGACCCCUGAAUAUUCCAAUGAUCAGCAAGCCAUGCAACAAUGAGAAUAUAUCUUGCUUGCUAACCAUGGGAAAUUCUGCUCACUCUACGAAGAAAUCUGAUAUUGGGAAAGCACCACAACUCGUGCUUUUUGGUCAACCUAUACUUACUGAGCAGCAGAUCUCUCUUAGCUGCUCGGGAGAUACUGUUUCUACUGUUCGUACAGGGAAUAGUUCCUCUGAUGGAAAUGCUGAUAAAAUCGGGAACGUGUCCGAUGGUUCAGGUUCUGCACUCAAUCAACGUGGAUUAACAGAACGCUCACCAUGCGACACAUUUCAAUCUGAGCCUAAUACCGAGAUUGGACACUGUAAGGUUUUUAUGGAAUCAGAAGAUGUAGGUCGCACUCUGGAUCUUUCAUUGCUAGGAUCUUACGAAGAGUUAUGCAGGAAAUUGGCAAAUAUGUUCGGUAUUGACAACUCGGAGAUGCUUAAUCACGUACUUUACCGGGAUACCACUGGCUCGGUCAAGCAACUUGGUGAUGAACCAUAUAGCGACUUCAUGAAAACAGCGCGAAGGUUAACAAUUCUAACUGAUUCAAGCAGUGACAAUGUAGGAAUCAGGGAAUAGAGAGAACAAGUAAAUCUCCACUUUCCUUUUUUCGAACUGUAUAGCUGGAUGAUCGAGUGCUUUGUUCCUAACAUCUCAACUCUUUCGGACAUGCUGACGAUGAUGAUGUUCAAUUUACCUAGUUCAUGAGUGGAAAAGUUUGCGUUUUGCAUCAACGUUUCAGUAUAUUUACUAGUAGUUUUCACUUUUCUUGGGAUCGUUUCCGAGUUUUUGUUUCAAGACAAUACCUACAAAGAACAAGAUAGAACUUGUUUUUUGUAGGCUUUGUCUGCUAAUUCUAGUACUCCAUUUGUUAAUUAAAGGCCUUCUAAGAAGGCUUAAAAGACUUGUUCUAGUUUCUGUUUUCUAUAUAUCUAAUCAGUAUAUAGUUUAAAAGUU